UCAUCGACAUGAAAAUGAACACAAUUUUUGCUUCGUCUUGCAUUUUGCAUAUCAAAUUUUUCUUCUAUUCAUGCGAAACGAAAAUAAAAAUAAUUAAUUCGUUGUUUUUUUAAGAAAAUCUACUUCUUUUUAAUUCAUUCCAUGGUGACACCAAAUAAUUAUCCAAAAUAAUGGAUGUAGAUUUAGAUGAACAAAAAGUAUUUACCAUUCGAAAACUGCGAAAGAAUAAUAUGAAUGUUUCAAAAUCAAAAAGAUCCCGACGAAAAUCAGUCAGACGUCCACGAAAUUCAACUAGAAAAUGGAAAGUCGGUGAGGAACUAGUCAUUUUGGAAUAUUUUCGAAAUGUUAUUCGACAAAAUCAAGAAAUUGAGAAACCAACAGCCGAUGUAUUUUAUGCUAGACUUAUUGAAGAUCUUGGGCUAGAUGAUGCCUCGCCAACUCAGGCAAAAAAUAAAGUUCGACAUUUAAGGGAUUCAUAUGUUAGAGCUGUGAAAUGGAUGCAACAAACUAACCAAGAUCCAAAUAGUAGUUGGGUCCGUCAGUGCUUGUUGGAAAUUUGCACACAUUAUGAUAUCCUAUCGGAAAUCUAUGGCGACAAGAUCGAUAUUGAAUCAUCCAAAGUUCAACCAAAACCAAAGCAUUAUUUCGGCGCUAGUCUUGAUGCCGUAGAUGAACCUAGAGAAGAGGAUUCAGGUCGGGAAUUCGUGAGUUAUGAGCAAGAUAGUGAGAACUCAAAUCUUCCAUUGAAGCAAAGUUCUUCCUAUGCCGAGGAACCACCAUUGCCACUCCAAACAAGCUCUUCAAGGAAUGAGACAUUAGGUGAUGAUUCUCUUAAUUGUUUCAAACAGUUUCUGACUUCAACAUCUGAAGCCAUUAACCGUGCUUUUCCAUCACCAGCACCGAGUUUAGCAUCCGAGCCACCACCAAAAAGGUCUUACACCACAACAACUGAAAAUGAUAUAAAUUCUUCAUUUGAAGCUAAAUGGAAAAUGGAAGAAAUAAAACUCCAACACGAAAGAUUACAAUUGGAAAAGUUAAAACAAGAAUGGGAAAGGGAUAUCAAAGAAAGAGAAUUAGAAGUUAGAAAAAAAGAAAUUGAAACCAAUGAAAGACUUAGGAUUUUAGAAAUCGAAAAGGAAGAACGAAUGGAAAAGUACAAAAUAGAGCAAGAGUGCAAGUUGCAAAUUGAACUUGCUAAUAUUAAAAAUGCACAUAGUUUGUAAAUUAAAUUUAUUUGAAGCUUUAUAAUUUGGUCCAAAGUCCGAAAGGAAUUAAAUUUAAUUUAUGUAAAUAAUUUAGUUUUAAGAGAAAAGGGAAAUUUUAAUAAAUUUAAGUUCAGAAAUGGAAAAGCUUAAAAUGGCAACAGAAAUAAAUUGCAACUUUAUUUAAAGGCAAAAGUUACAAACACUACUUUUAUUUUAGAGUAGUUUUAAAGCUUAAUAUUUUUCAAACAAAAGCUACGAAUAGCUUAAAUCUCUGCGUUGAUGCUUAACUUUAUUAAGUUAUGGUAAAGGUCCCAUCUUAUUUAACUCAAAACAUAGGGUAAAUGAACAAAAUUUACCGCUAAGGAGGAUUCAUCUUUUUGCAAAACAGAAUUUUUGUAGGAUGUUUCGCAUUUACCAACAACUAGGAAAACCAAACCAAGGAAAAAAAGCAGUAUAUUAGAUUUU